GGUUGUACGGGACAAGCUUAUUUAUGGCUGGAUUUGCCAGAAUAGCGUGUUUUUAUUGAGUUUUGGUAUAUCUCUUUGUCAAGAGGUGGCACCACAUAUGUGAUAUUUUAAAUACUGUUUAUCAAGAAACUUGAUGCUGCUUUGUUCUUGAGGUUUUGUAGAUAGUGCCUAUCAAUCUCACAGAUCAUAGUGAAGUUCACCUAUGUUCAUUGCUUAUUGGCAUAGCCUGUGUAUAAGUCUGUGAACUUAUUGAUGGAGAAAGCUGCCUAAAGGGGGCAGCACAUUGUGGCAAAUUUAUGUAUUUUUAACAGGUUUGAGAAAUACACACAGAAAAAGUUUAUAAAUUGUACUACAUUGUGCCUGUGAUGCUGUAAAACCUUACAAAAUGCCAAAGGCAGCUUCCAAGAAACCUUUGAGAAUAAACUACCCUCCAGGAUGCAAGGAAGUGGAGGAAAACAUGAGUACUGAUGAGCUGAUACGCCGCUUAAAGCAAUGUGCACGUGCGUUCCAAGACAUGGACCAGACGGACAACAGCGAGUAUUCGGACCUUGCGGUGCACCUGGCGGGUGACGCGUUCCUGGAACAUGACAACAAGGAUGUUCGUCUGCUCGUCGGCUGCUGCAUCGCCGACGUGUUCCGCGUGUUCGCGCCCGAGGCACCCUACAAAGAAUCCGGACAGCUAAAGAUGCUGUUCCUGUUCCUGAUUGAGCAACUACGAGGGUUAGAGGACCCCAAGGAUCCAGCGUUCAAGCGCUACUUCUAUCUACUCGAGAACCUCGCCUGGGUGAAGUCCUUCAACAUCUGCAUCGAACUGGAAGACAACCAGGAGAUUUUCUGCAAGCUGUUCCGCCUGAUGUUCGGAAUCGUGAACGAGCUGCAUUCGGCCAAAGUGAAGAACUUUAUGUUGGACAUGAUGACCCCUGUCGUGACAGAGUCGGAUGCUGUCUCCCAGGAGCUGCUGGACACCAUACUGAUCAACGCCUGUGAACCUAGAAAGACACAUAGUAAGUAUUCGUAUGAGUUGGCGAGAGAUCUUCUGAAGCGAACGUCGAAUGCCAUCGAGCCGUACAUACAAGCUUUCUUCAACAACACGCUGAUGAUGAACAAGGGCGCGGAGAGCGAGGUCGGCAAGUACGUUUACGAUCUCAUCUACGAACUGAACAUCAUCGUACCGUCCGUACUCAUCUCCGUUCUGCCCCAGCUCGAAUUCAAACUCAAGAGCAACGAGGAUGGGGAGCGAAUUCAGGUGACUCGUCUGCUCGCGCGUAUGUUUUCGGAUAAGGAUUCCGACCUGGCACUCACACACCCGAUCCUAUGGACUAGUUUCAUCGGCAGGUUCAACGAUGUCAACGUGACAGUGAGGACUAGAUGCGUACAGUACGCAAUGCAUUUUCUCGUGAACCAACCGAAACUUGCAAAGGACGUGUCUGAGCAACUGAAGAUGAGAUGCCAUGACCCUGAGGAGAACGUACGAUAUGAGGUCGUCAUGGCGAUUGUCUCUGCUGCCAAGAAGGAGCUUGAUAUUGUGCUGAGAAACGAGGAGAUACUAGACUAUGUCAAGGAGAGGACUCUCGAUAAGAAGUUCAAGAUCAGGAGAGAAGCGUUGAUGGGACUGGCUCAGGUCUACAAGAAGAUCAUGGUGUUUCCCUCCAUCAGCGCGAACGACACGGAGCGAUUCGCGUGGAUCCGUAACAAGGUCAUGCACGUGUACUACCAACAGAACCUGGAAGACAGGUUGUUGGUUGAGAAGAUCCUGCACACGUGUCUCGUGCCGUACUCGCUCGACACGUCCGAGCGCAUGAAGCGCCUCUACCAGCUCUACGCGACCGUCGACGACCACGCAGUCAAGGCCAUUAACGAGCUGUUCAAGUGCCAGAACAUUGUGCGCAACCACGUGAGGCAGCUGGUGCUGCUGCACCAGGAUGGGGACGAUGACGAGACGCUGAAAGCCAUCAACACAAAGCUGCAAGUACUCUCACCUCCGAGCGCGGCCUGCAGCUGCUACUGAUGCUGUCGACGGUGUUCCCACUCGCGUUCAAGACGGACGAGGCGUUCGGUCACCUCAUCACGUUCACGCGCGACGAGGACGAGUACGCAGCCGACAUCGCGCUGCAGAUCUUCGCCCGCGUCGGAGAGGAGAUCGAGACGACCUUCCCCAACAUACACAGCUGUCUCGUGCCGGUGUUGGUGAACCUAGCUAAGGCGAGCACGCCACGCCAGGCCAAGCAUGCUAUACAGGCCAUCCACGUGAUCUGCUCCAACCGAGAUCAACUCUUCAACCAGAUCUUUCAGUAUGCGACCAACAACAUGGAGCUGGAUAAGCCCAACUGUCUGACGGCACUCUGCGUCGUCGGCCACCUAGCCUACUACUCGCCCGACGACUUUGGGCCGGAAAUGAAGGGCAUCAUAUCAAAGAACGUCGUCAAGGACAUACUAAUGCAGGACCGGAUGCCCUCGCCGGUCGUGGCUGCAGACUGGCUAGAAGACGCCCAGAUGACAGUAGAAGUCAGAACGAAGGUGCAGAGUUUGAAGCUGAUCACCAGGGUUCUGAUGGGCAUGAAGUCGAACCAGUCGAGUCUAGGCAGCUCCACCCUGCGUCUGCUUAACACCCUCAUCUCCCACCAGGGCGAUCUGAUGGAGCGUAGCCAGAUCAACGAUGCCGAGAAGGCGCGCAUGCGUCUGGUCGCCGGCGCAUCGAUGCUGAAGCUCGCUCAGGAGCCGUGCUACGCCGACAUCAUCACGCGCGAACAGUUGCAGACGCUGGCGAUGCUGAUCAACGACCCCGUCUACCAGGUUCGGGAGCGCUUCUCCGGCAAGCUGCACAAGGGCCUGAUGACGCUUAGACUGCCGCUCGAGUUCCUCGGCAUCUUCUGCCUGACGGGCAACGAACAGAACAAGGACCUGCGCGUCGCCAACAAGCAGCUGCUGCUCGCCAACAUCAGCAAGCGGCGAGACUACCUGAAGUCGCACACGUCCGCCACGACUAAAAAGUUUUCCAUCCUGCCUGACUAUGUGUUGCCCUACGUUAUCCAUCUAUUGGCUCACGAUCCUGACUUCAUGAGACCAGAUGAUACAACCAUUCUCAAACAGAUACAAGACUGCCUGUGGUUCAUCAUGGAGCCGCUGAUGCUGCGCAAUGAGAACUACUCCUAUAGCUUCCUCAAGAAACUUAUUGAGAACAUCAAGCAGACGCGCGAUGCCCAGGGACCCGACGACGACCUCACAAACUACAAACUAUAUGCUGUGUGCGACCUUGCACUCGGCAUAGUCAUGAACAAGACGACCAACUUCGUGCUCAAAGAGUUCCCGGGAGAGCCUGUGCUACCGGCGAAGCUCUACACUAACCCUGACAGGUCUUACAGCAAUAACAAGCUAUACCUGCCACAGGAGUUUGCAUUCACUCCACCUAGAGUGCGAGGAAAGGCUGCUAGAGAGGCACUGAUGGCCAGUCUAGGAAGAAUCCCAGCCAAGCUGCCGGGUAGGGGUGGUGGCAGAGGACGUGGGAGAGGAAGAGGCAGAGGCGGUAGAUCUGUACAGCCACCCCAAAGAGUAGCAGCCAGUGCAGAAGGAGAAGAUGAGGACGAGGAAGAAGAAGCAGAUGAAGAAGGACACGAAGAAGAAGAAGAAGAAGAAGAAGUCGAUGAAGGACAAGAAGGACAAGAAGAGGAUGAAGAAGAAGAUGGAGAUGAACACUUCAUAAAGGAAGAAGCGCUUACUUCAGUGGGUGUCAGUGUCGAGGAGGUGGGGCAGGAAGAGGAGGAAGAAGAAGAAGAUGAGGAGGAGGAGGAAGAAGAGAAGCAGGCAACAACACACAUGGUCACGAGGAAGAGACCAAUCACCGGCAGUGGCGAUGCUCCAACCAGAAAGAGAACGAGGGGCUCAAUCAAGGCUGAAGUAGAGGAGGAAGAAGAUGAAGAGGCGGAUGAAAUCGAGGAGGCCCCAUCGCCGCCAAAAAAGCAGUCUCCGAGGAAGAGAGGGGCUGCAGCCUCCCCUGUCAAGGAUGAGGAUUCUCAGAAAAAAUACCCAGUGCGCAGAAAAAUGCGGCGAGGCAAGACGAGCGAGAAUGGACAGACGAGUGAUGGCGAGGAGGAGGAAGAGGAGACGCCAGAGAGCAACGAGGCGUCGCAGGGUGCGGAGACCGGGCUUGCGGGUAAGAGGAGGACGCGGGCCGCCGUGCGAUGAUUCCACGCAGAGCGCACCCGACUUCACCGUUUUGUAAAUUCGUAUCUUCUAUCUCACCUCUUGUCUCCGUGCAUUGAGGCGCCCUCGCGGACGUGUGCUGCGCCCUGCAGGCCGAUCCACGUCUGACGACGCAGGUGUCGAAACCAUCACAAACCACCGGUCGCACACACGCGUUCUCGUGAUUAAUCGGCUGCUCAUCGUCGCUAGAGUGCGUUCGAUCUGUUUCAAACUGUACCUGUGGUCCGCCCCGAUUCAAAGCCGGUAGGUGAAAGACACCAGCGCUCACACGGAGGCGAGCAGGUGGGCAUGCGUGUAAAUAUUGUGUGUGUUUCAAAUGUAAAGGCUUAUUUGUACUCGCACUACGAAGUGCGAAUUACAGACUCUUUACGGAACUCGGACAAAAACUACGGACAGUUGCGGACAAUGAUGGGCCGUUACAGAAAAAUGCCCAGAAAAAGCGAGCACGUUUGCGAAGUUUGCUGAACAGGCUGCAUGUACUGCUUAUUCUGCGCAUGAAAAGAGCUUUUACGGAAAGCACGGAAAUUCCGUUAACCGUUCGUAGAUUUCAUAACAGAUUUUCUGUAGUUAUUUGUCCAACUUCCACCAAGAGUCGGUAAUUUUCAGUUUGUAGUGAAAGUGAUGCACCCUGUCCACCAGUUGCAAAUUGCAAACGUUGAUCGAGUUAUUCGCGACGAAAUGUCGACCUUGAUUACGCAUUGUUACGGUCACCAGUUUCCCACAGCAACAUCGAGACACCACGACUCCCUUAAGUCGGUGUACUGCGGUUUAGCCAAUCGGAAAUGUUAAAAACGCGAUAUUUUGGUUUUGGCUGUUACGCAACACGAACAGUACAUUCCAGAUGUGUUCUAUCCAUGUAGCUCUUUGUAAGGUUAGUUUAAGACGAAAAUGAUGAAAUCCAUGCAGAUAGCUGAGUAAUUCGGUUGAAUGUGUUCAGAUUUCUCGUACUGAUAAGGCACUGGUCAUCUAUGUCAUUAUGGCGUGAGAGUUACGUUUUUUUUUACGGAACUUGGACAAAAAUUACGGACAGUUGCUGAAAACAGCGGACAGUUAUAGAACUUUUUGUAUAAGCUGGAAAACUGGGUACAUGUUGCAAUUUUUGCUGAUAAGAGUUGUGCAAAACCUUUAUAGCAAGCUGUUGCCAAACAGAGUUAACUGCCUGCCACCUAUUUGGUCAAAUGAACUCUACGAGUGCAUUGAGUAGAGAGGUUGGCAGAGCUUGUAUGAUGUGAUGAGAGAUAACGUGGUCACCUAUCUAUCAUCAACAAACUUUGAACAUGAGCUUGUUUUUUCUGCAUGGAACGUUUUGUAAUUGUCCGCUAUUGUCUAACUGUAAGAAGUUUUGUUCAAGUUCUGUAAUUCUCACUUCAUCUUGUUAUGUGCUGGUGUGUAGACUGUAAUUUUUUAUUAAAAUUAAACUUGUAGUUUUUAAUAA